UCUAAUUUUCCAUAGAAACAAAUACCAGAAAUAGAAAUUGUCAUUUUAGUUUAAGUAACCUCUUCGGGAAAAAGGAAAAAUAUAUUAUUCCCAAGUAAAUUUCAUUACCUACUUUUUACGUAUCCUUAAAUUUAUUAAAAUGUCCUUGUCACCUUUUCUUCGUUCCCCUUUCACGGAUUUAACUCCUUAUAUGUUCACACAUCAGUGGUAUGGUCGCUGUGCUAAUUUUGAAAUGAAAGUAAUAAAUUGUUUAGAAGCGUAUGGUCUAGACAAGGGUCGCAUAAAGUGUAAAGACCUCAUCAGUGACUUCCAAGAAUGUGUUGGGAGACACAAAGAGAAAGCACGUAAUCUGGAAAUGAUAAGGGAAAGAAUUCGACAGUAUAAAGCUGGUGAACGUACAGCUGAAAAUAAAUAUCAAAAGAUACCCCCUAGGCCUGAUAGUUUCUAGAAAAAUCAACAUUAAAUUUCUGGUUGGUUCUAAUAAACUACGCCUUUAUUUAUUAAUGGUUUAUUUUGUAUAAAAUCCAACAUAUUCAGAAGUAUAAAGAAAGUGCAGUUUGUAUUAAAGUGCUGUUUAUAACAACGUUGAUGCUAAUAUAAAAUGCUGCAGUACAGUUAGUAAUUCUGACAAAACAAUAGGUUCAUAAAGUAAGACUAAAUAUACCUGUUCAACAUUUUUCAAGCAUUCACAAUCAACGGCAAGAUUUAGGAGAAACUAUUUUAUUAAAUUUAAAAACCUAAAACGUUUUAUUUUAUGAUUUUAUACAUUAAGAAUUAGAUAUAUCUUUGUAGUUUUUUCCAGUUGAUAUAAUUAUCAAAAAUUUCAAAUUAUUGGAAUUUUAAUAAUUAAUCCAGAGAGAGAGAUGUCUCACAGAAAUAACUUUCUUUGUUUUUCAAAGUUUAAAAAUAAUUAUUUUAUGGAAAUAUUAUCAUUUUAUAGGCCGUGUAUGAUUUAAAAAAUAAAUUAACUAUUGUUCUUUCCUCAUUAAUUUUUUUUUAAGUUAUAUAGAAUGUCUUCUAAUUGUUUUAUCUAUAUAUUGCUUACGUUAAUAUAAUUGAGAUAUUUAACAAAAUUAUUUACUGUUCAAUUUUGAAAAAGGAAGAGUACAGUAAGUACUUUUUUGAAUCCAAUUGUUUUCAAAAUUUCUAGCAGUAUACAAAGGUUUUUGUUUGUAAUGUAAUGUCUCCGUAUAAAAAACUAUCAAUAAUUGAGGAAUUUUAAAAAUUGCUCUA